AUGAGAAAGCUGCUGCUCGAGGGACCUCCUCCUGCAAAACCAUGGGAGGCAGAAAAGCCCAAGCCCAGGGCUGGGUCCACGGGCUGGAAUGCCAGCUGCUCUGAGGAGCUAAAGCGGAAAGCCGGCUGCUCUGAAUCGAACCAGCACUACGGUCCGGCAGCAUGGCUCCUCCAGCUUCAACCAAUAGACGCCAAGAAGCACAGUGUCCAGGCGGCCCUGCCAGGCCUCAAGCAGCUGUGCCGUGUGCUGUUUGAGCCAGCCCAGUUAACACACUCACACACACACCCCGCUGCACACACACAGACCCAGCGCACACGCUCACACACAUACAGAAACCGCCCAGGCACACGUGUGCACACAGCCACUCACACACACACCCCGCUGCACACACACGCAGACCCAGCGCACACGCGCACACACAUACAAAACCGCCCAGGCACACGUGUGCACACAGCCACUCACACACACACCCCGCUGCACGCACACGCAGACCCAGCGCACACGCGCACACACAUACAGAAACCGCCCAGGCACACGUGUGCACACAGCCACUCACACCCCCCCCCGCUGCACACACACGUAGACCCAGCGCACACGCGCACACACACAGAGAAACCGCCCAGGCACACGUGUGCACACAGCCACUCACACACACCCCCGCUGCACACACACGCAGACCCAGCGCACACGCGCGCACACACAGAGAAACCGCCCAGGCACACGUGUGCACACAGCCAUUCACACACACACCCCGCUGCACACACACGUAGACCCAGCGCACACGCGCACACACACACAGAAACCGCCCAGGCACACGUGUGCACACAGCCACUCACACGCACACCCCGCUGCACACACGCAGACCCAGCGCACACGCGCACACACACAGAGAAACCGCCCAGGCACACGUGUGCACACAGCCACUCACACACACCCCGCUGCGCACACACGCAGACCCAGCACACAUGCGCACACACACACAGAAGCCGCCCAGGCACACGUGUGCACACAGCCACUCACACACACACCCCGCUGCGCACACACGCAGACCCAGCGCACACACGCACACACACACAGAAGCCGCCCAGGCACACGUGUGCACACAGCCACUCACACACACACCCCGCUGCACACACACGUAGACCCAGCGCACACGCGCACACACAUACAGAAACCGCCCAGGCACACGUGUGCACACAGCCACUCACACACACCCCCCGCUGCACACACACGCAGACCCAGCGCACACGCGCACACACAUACAGAAGCCGCCCAGGCACACGUGUGCACACAGCCACUCACACACACACCCCGCUGCACACACACGUAGACCCAGCGCACACGCGCACACACAUACAGAAACCGCCCAGGCACACGUGUGCACACAGCCACUCACACACACCCCCCGCUGCACACACACGCAGACCCAGCGCACACGCGCACACACAUACAGAAACCGCCCAGGCACACGUGUGCACACAGCCACUCACACGCACACCCCGCUGCGCACACACGCAGACCCAGCGCACACGCGCACACAUACAGAAACCGCCCAGGCACACAUGUGCACACAGCCACUCACACGCACACCCCGCUGCGCACACACGCAGACCCAGCGCACACGCGCACACAUACAGAAACCGCCCAGGCACACGUGUGCACACAGCCACUCACACACACCCCCCGCUGCACACACACGCAGACCCAGCACAUGCUCACGUGUGUGUAGACGUGCAUACGCUGCAUGUGCACAGAGUCACACACGCAGACACUGCACGCACACUCCUAGGUACACACACACACAGAGGAUGCACAGAAAUAUACAUACCCAGCUGCUGAAAGAACACAACUUGCCCAAAUUGCGGCCCAGUACGGUUCCUGCCAAGCAGCGGCUCCGAGCGCGCGUUCGUUGCCUUGCUCCGGCUCCCUUUCUUAGGGACUAACUGUCCGUGCUGGAGGUUGGGGCUUUUUUAAAAACCUCCCAAUAAAUGUCGUCUUUGGCGACUCUCCCGCUCCCCGUAUCAUGUAUCAGCCACCUGCUGCCACGGCACGCGGCUCUUGUCAGCACCAGUCUUAAACACUUCGCUGGCACCUGCUGGGACUUUAAAGCCAGCAGCCCCGUUCUGCUCCACGUGGGUCAGCAGCCUGACCUCACCCCGUGGGCACAGAGCUACCCGGUGUCACGGAGUCCCUGGGCGAUGCUCUGGAACUGCUCCCCAUGAAGUCAGUCAGGACUCUGGGGUAGUCGCCUUUCUGUGAGCAGCCUGUCUUCAGGACACACAGCUCACCCAGCUUCCACCUUCCUGGGUCUGACCUCGGAGCAUUCAGCAUCCUCUGCCCCUCCGUGCGCUUCCCACAGCGAGUCCGCUCAGGCGGGGCUCCUGGGGAAGCCAGAGGGUCCUGCACCCCAACUUCACAGUCAGACGUGACUCUCAGCCAGCCAGUAAAACAGCAGGUUUAUUAGACGAAAGGAACAUGGUCUAAAACAGAGCUUGCAGGUGCAGAGAACGGGACCCCUCAGCUGGGUCCAUUCUGGGGGGCAGUGAGCCAGACAACCACGUCUGCACUUCACUCCAUGUCCCAGCCAGCCCCAAACUGAAAACCCCUCCAGCCCCUCCUCCUCUGGGCUUUGUUCCUUUCCCAGGCCAGGAGGUCACCUGAUUCCUUUGUUCUCCAACCCUUCAGCUCUCACCUUGCAGGG